UAUACGUUUUCUUUCUUUGAAGAUAGGUCAACUGUAAUAUUUUUUUUUUACUUUAGUGAUUUUUAGUUUUGCUGAAGUUAUACAAAAUAUGGACACUAAUUAAUUUUAAUUAGUAAUAACUUAAUUAUUAUCAUGAAUUUCUCAAAUACUACCAGUAGUAGCUUAUUUGGUUAUUCUUUAGCUCAGUAUGUCAUUAUAGAUAAUGGUAUUCCAACACCUGCACAUAUUACUGAAAACAUUUUGUCAGCUAUCCAAAAUGUAGUUUGUCUGGGACCUACUAGAAUUCCAGCCGUAGGUGUUGCACUAGUCAACUCCACGUUCCAGUCUGUUGUUACUUUGUCUCCUACUGACACACAGCUUCAUAGAAUCGUCCAUGCCCUUAAAUCUGUGAUGGACUCUGGUAAAUGUAGAGCAAGAAUCUCUAUGGAAGAGUUCAAUGACAACAUUCACAUUGGUAUCAAGAAAGCUCUGGAGGAUUAUGAUAAUCUUCUUUGCAAGAUGAAUGAAAAUGGUCAAGCAUCCAUCGCAGGGCUUCAGAUUAUGAUCUUUUCAAUGAAGAAUGGAUUUGAAAUCAAGAUGAAGUUGGAACAGUCCUUCAAUCUGCUUUCAACCAAAAAAGUGAAGAAAAUCCAGAUGAUAGAACUAACUGAAGAAUACAUGCGGCCUGAACCAAACAGAAACUAUGGUGGAAUCUCAAGAUUUGUGGAGUAUAUCCGUAUACCUGGAUCCCUUUCAAGAUUAGAUGAGUUACUGAAACAGUGGUUAGUGCUUCGGGAGUCCGAUCAGGAGCAUGUCCAGAUUAUUCUCCAGGAUUCUGUAAUCCUUUGUGAUAUUCGGGAGUGUGUUGUUCUGCCUACUACCAUGUUACAAGCUUCACAUCAAAGUGAAGUGAGGACCUUGGCUGUAGAAGUACUGCAGUUGGAAGUGACACAUCGACUCUCCUCUGAUGGACUCUCUGAGACAGAAAUGUUUGGAGAUCCUAUCGCCCUGGUGCCUUCUCAGUGCCGCCAACUUGACGGAGCUGACAAAGGACGCAAUCAACAGUACUUUAUAGCACUCAGCGAGAAGUUGAUGACAGCCAAUGAAUAUUUAGUGGCAAAAAGUGAAGUGAACAAUCAACUAGUGAAAUAUUUCGUUCUCUUGCCAGGUGAGUGUCAUUAUUGAUUACAGAAAAUAUAUGAACGUUGAACAAUAAUGGCAA